CUGUGCACGAACCAAACACCUAAAAACGUUGGUUGCUAUGCGACCUGAGCGGCGUCUUUUCCUAAUUUCACAAUGGCUGAAAGAAGUGUAGAUAAAAGAAACCGACCGUCUCAUUCCGCCGUCUCGCAGAAACGUCCGUCCUCCAGCAACAAGGCUGUGAGAUUCAAGAUGGUUGAGGUCAGACCGCAGGCGAAAUCUGCCUCCGCUCCCACAAAGAAGCCCUCAGAUGACUUUUUUGCUAAGGAACAACAAUACAAACUCUUAAAUGCAGAGCUGGAAGCCAAAACAGCAGAUCUAGUAAGACAGGCAGAACAACUUAUGAGAGAACAGAGUGAAGUUCUGUCUAAACCCUUGUCCAACCUCCUUCCAACAAACAUUGAGGAUGAAGGCGAGUUAAGGAAAAUAAAGCCAGAUCAGAGCUCUACGCUGGAGUCUGGUGAUAAGGUUGUGGCCAGAAAAAGAGUUACAUCAACACCCCACAACACGUGUUCAGGAAAACCAAGAAAAGUGCCUCAAUGCAAAACAGCAACCCCACAGAAAUCUCAUGUGGCGGAUUUAACAGCUGUGGAAGACGCAGAUGACGGUUUCCUGGCAAACACAAUACGGAGCAUGGAGGAGAAGAUGAUCGAUAGCGUGGUGGUUCAUGAAGAUGUUGUGGACUGUGAGACUAAUGCUGGAGAUGAUGUUGCAUCUGGCGUUUCAGAUGCUCAAAUACGAGUUCUGAAAGCAAAACUCCGGAUAAUGCAAGAAGAACUGGAUCAACUCUCAUGUGAAUUUUACAAGAAGGAUGAUGAAAAUGCUAAACUUAGUGCAAAACUGAAAGAACUUGAGGACGAACGUGCCAGACUGCAGAAAACUACAAACAUCCAGCAGACGCAGAUUGAAAAGCACCGAGCUUUAGCAGAGGAGUCCGACAAAAAAUGUGACGGCCUGCAACUGCAAGUGUCUGCAUUAGAUAAGGAAAUAGAAAAUCUGCAUAGAUCCCACAAACAAGCCGCGUCUGUCCACGGCACUGUGGAGGUUCGUCUGAACCGAGCUUUGGAGGAGGUGGAGAGGUUGAAGACUCAGCUCAACAAGAUGAAACAGAUGAGCAAGGACAAGCUAAGCGAAGACCAUCACAGUAAAGAAAAUCUACUUGCUGAAAACAAAAUGCUAAAAAAACAGAAAGCAGAACUUGUUGUGGGUUUCAAGAAACAGCAGAAGCUGAUUGACAUUCUCAAAAGACAAAAGGUUUGUGUCACUCGCUCUCUUUCAUACACCCUGUGGAUACACAGUUUAAUCAAUAACCAACUGCUUUUUUUUUUGCAGAUGCAUUUUGAAGCUGCCAAGCUGCUGUCGUUCACAGAGGACGAGUUCCUGAAAGCUCUAGACUGGGGGAAGACUUUGGGCUCCAAUUGAAUUUUUCUCUAAAUUGUUGUCACACUUAGUCACCAGACAGCCUCAGAUCUUUUCUGAAAUGAUUUUGACUAAGAUCCUGUCACUCCAGUCUACAUAAAAACAUGUAAAUUAA